AUGCCUACAACAACACCAGACCAUGAUGUCAAUGUGCCCACAACCACUGCUACAUCAUGUCCACCUGCAUUGAACUCAAACACCAAUACCACAGUUGAUACUACAGCUGGUCAUGAUUUUCAGACUGCUCACAUGCCUGAAGAUGCACCUGAGAUUGAGUCACCUGAUUCAGAAGCACCCACAGAAGAGACACCUCCACUGCCAAGUUGUGCUGACACCAAUGUUCCUUUAAGAAGAUCUCAAAUAGGAUCCAAGGAACCUGUAUGGAUGAUUGACUAUGUUACCAACAGGAACAAAUCCUCUACUAGCUUAGUUCUAUAUCCUAUUGAAGAGUCUAUCACAUAUGACAAAUUUUCAUCAUCUCAUCAGCUGACUGUUCUUUCACUUGUUGCCGUGCAUAAUUGGUUUGUUCACCAAUUAGAUGUAUACAAUGCAUUCUUACAAGGGGAUCUUCACGAUGAAGUCUAUAUGAAGUUGCCACAAGGUUUUACAAGUCAGGGGGAGUCUGGUAUGGAUUCGGAUGUUGUAGUGAUCCUAGUCUAUGUGGAUGACAUGCUAGUGACAGGAAGUAAUCUACAGCUAAUUGAAGCCACCAAAAAUUCGUUGCAUCAGACUUUCAAAAUUAAAGAUUUAGGAGAACUGAAAUAUUUCCUUGGAAUGGAAUUCAGUAGGUCAAGGAGAGGUAUAUUAAUCAAUCAAAGGAAAUAUGCCUUGGAAAUAAUAUCUUACUUGGGGCUAACAGGAGCUAAACCAACUUGGACUUCCUUGGAGGCAAAUGUAAAGCUGACAAUACUAGAACAUGACAAAUUGACAGGGGUGGAAGAUGAUAUGUUGAUGGAUGACAUAGGGCAAUACCAAAGGCUUAUUGGUAAGCUACUAUACUUGAAACUCACCAGACCUGAUAUAGCCUUUUCAGUGCAAACACUUAGCCAAUUUCUGCCGAGUCCCAAGAGGUCUCAUUGGGAAGCAGCCUUGAGAGUAGUAAGGUAUGUUAAAAGAGAACCAGGCAUGAGUAUUCUAUUGAGCAGCAACAGCAGCAACACAUUGAGUGUGUACUGUGAUGCAGAUUGGGCAUCUUGCCCCAACACAAGGAAAUCAGUAUCAGAUUUUAUAGUGAAGUAUGGAGAGUCAUUACUUUCUUGGAAAUCGAUGAAGCAGAAUACAGUUUCCAAAAGUUCAGCUGAAGCUGAAUACAGAAGUAUGGCUAGUGCAACCUUAGAGGUAGUUUGGUUAGCAGCUUCUGAAGGAGCUUGGGACUAA